AUGGAUCGUUACACCUUUGUUUUCCGGGACCAAGGCAUCCCAAGUGCCGGCGAGGCGCCCUACUCGCUCUCGGCCAGCAACGAGCUGAUCCUCACGGGGUGUGAUGUGCAGGUGGUGAUGCUCGGGCACCGCUGCGACAACAACCAGGACAUACUUGGCAGAUGCAUGUCCUUAUGCACCAUGGACUUCGGUGAAGAGCCCGAAGUCAGCAACAUCACCCGCCGAGGGCGGCGCCGGAGCACCAACGGCAAGUAUUGCCACUGCACGGGCUGCUGCCGGACACACAUCUCCCAGGACUCAACAGGCGGCAUGCCCAAGCAAUUGAGCAUGCGUCCCCUCGUGGAGAAGAGCUGGUUCGCCGAGUCAUCGCAGCCCGCGCUGGCGUUUGUCGCCACGGAGGGGUGGUUCGAUAACCUGGGUUUCUCCGGCAAGCUGGACCCCGUCCAUAAGCAGCCACCGGCCAUUGAGGUGCAGGAGGUGCCCAUCAUUCUACAGUGGGAGGUCAUGUCCGAUAAACCCAACUGUAAUACAUCCGGCAAUAUCUGCAAGAAGCACAGCCGCUGCAAGGAAGGGGACAGAGGCUAUACAUGCCACUGCAAAGAUGGCUAUGACGGCAAUCCCUACACCAACGACGACCAAGGAAGCAAAGUUGUAGUGGGCCUUGCCACUGCAGUGGGCCUCAUUAUUUGUGUUCUCCUUGGACACUUUGCCACCAAAAAAGUUAAACAUAGAAGGGCACUCAUGUUGAAACGGAAGUUCUUUGAGCAAACCUUAGAAGAGCUAGAGAAGGCAACAAACAAUUUUGAUAAAGCCCGUGAGCUUGGUGGUGGAGGGCAUGGUAUAGUCUAUAAAGGUAUUUUGUCAGACCUCCAUGUCGUAGCCAUCAAAAAACCAAACAAGGAGAUUGAUGAGUUUAUUAAUGAGGUUGCUAUCCUAUCACAAAUCAACCAUAGAAAUGUGGUAAAGCUCUAUGGUUGUUGCCUUGAAACAGAAGUACCAAUGUUAGUCUAUGAAUUCAUAUCCAACGGAACCCUUUAUGAUCAUCUUCACAUCGAUGGACCAAGAUCGUUGUCAUGGGAACAUAGGCUACGGAUCGCAAUUGAAACCGCCAAAUCUGUAGCUUAUCUUCACUCAACAGCUUUAGUACCCAUCAUUCAUAGGGAUGUGAAGUCAGUUAACGUGCUUUUGGAUGACACUCUAACAGCAAAGGUAGCAGACUUUGGAGCUUCAAGAUACAUUUCGGUUGAGAAAUCAGGGUUAACAACAGUGGUUCAAGGUACAAUAGGAUAUUUAGAUCCUAUGUAUUUCUACACGGGGCGGCUAACAGAGAAAAGUGAUGUCUACAACUAUGGUGUCAUGCUCGUAGAACUGCUGACUAGGAAGAAACCAUCUUCAUACUUGUCUUCCGAUGGGGAGGGCCUAGUUGCACAUUUUGUCACCUUGUUUGAAGAGGGAAAUUUGUCAGAUAUUUUAGAUCCACAAGUUACAGACGAGGGGGGCAAAGAAGUUGGAGAAUCCAUUGCACUUGCAAUAGCAUGCAUAAAACUAAGAGGAGAAGACCGUCCGGAUAUGAGGCAAGUGGAGUUGACGUUGGAAGGCCUUCGACCAAUAGUGGAGCACAGUUUGGCUGACGAAGCUGAGAUAGAUAGUAUUGUGACAAAUUCUCCUCUGGCCAUAGAUGGAAGAAGCAACGAGGGAUCGUCCAGAUAAUACAGUAUGGAGAGCUGACCAUACCUUCUAGGUAUCCUCAAUAGCAUUGCUUAAUCACAUGCAAGUUUGCCGUAGUUGCACUCACCAUGGGCAUUCACGGCAUUUGAUCUUUUGUUUCUUGUGUUGAUGUAGUUAGAAUGCCAUGUAAA